AUGUUGACAUAUAUUUUCCCACCACCUCCUUCUCUUUUCGUCACAGCAAUGACAGUGAUUAGCUUCACAUCAUCCGCUAAUCUUGGGCUUUCGGAGCUAAGGGGAAAGCACUUACACUAUUCGAAGUUCUGGAAUUCCGGUUCUGAAACCUCUGCUGCAAAGAAAAUUAAACUAUCUAGUAGAACAGGCAUGCUAAUAGCUUAUAAUCCGGCAUUUCUUGCUGGUGUCGCAUCAUUUGUGCUUUAUCCUCAAGAGAAUAUCAGAAUCUUGUUGCUUUGUUCAGCCCUAACCAUUCAUUUUUUCAAAAGGAUUUUUGAGGUUCUGUUUGUUCACAACUAUAGUGGAGGGAUGAAUCUUGAUGUUGUGUCGGCCAUCUCUCUCAGUUAUUUUCUGUCUACCGCAGCUGUGACUUACGCUCAAUACUUAGCACAAGGGUUUCCGGAGCCAUCAGUUGAUUUGAAGUACCUUGGAUGUCUGCUGUUUCUAAUAGGGAUCUCUGGAAAUUUCUAUCAUCACUACCUUCUUUCUAAAAUUCGGUCAAAGGGUGACAAGGAUUAUAAGAUUCCCAAAGGCGGGUCAGCUUUAUACUUGAUUGGAAGGAGCUGUGCUACAAGAAGAUGUGUACUACAGAUUAUGUAUAGUCAGUCUAGUGAGCAUGUGCUGAAUAACCCAAGGCAUUUCUACUUGGCUACUGGAUCUUUAAACUAUUCUCUCGCUGAGUGA